AUGGAUACUUCCCGGUUGUCUCUUCUUCUCUUCGUCAUACUUGGUCUCGCCCUGGUAAACAGUCAAGAAGAUGACAGUAGGGUGGUUCCUGUACAAAUGGAGGGCGUCAGACCUGUGGAGAGGCGAUAUGCUGAGUCUGCCAUUGCCAGUGACAUCAGUAAGAUUGUUGAUUCCAUGGCUCAGAAGAAUUUUGUCAAUUUCCUCCUGAACAGAAAAGAAAAGAAGAGCAAACGCACCUUGACUCCAGACCAGAUUGACUCCCAUCCUUUGCUGACUGACCUGAUCAGACAGGACUUCAUGGAAUGGAUUUUCACCAAAAUCAUCCAAGACAGGGCUGACUGACAAAGAAUCCAAAAGGGA